GAAUUUUCGCCGCGAGUUUUGGACGGCGGAACCCUAACCCUAGAUUUCUUUUCUUCCCCUUCUCUGCUUUUCCCCCCACCUUGGCACGGUCCACCUUCGAUCGCCGUCCCGCGCCUUUCGAUCUCUCUAGGAUCGCCGGGUCUCGCAGCUGUUUUGCGGUGAUCCCAGUGCCCUCGACCGAGCUGCAAGGGCAGCGUGAUGUCGCGGUGCUACCCGUUCCCGCAGCCGUUCAUCGGAAAGCCGUUGAUCGCGUCCAUUAAGCUUUUCUUGUUGUAUUUUGGCAUGAUGAGCCUACCUUAGUGAGGAAAAUAGGUUGGAAGAUCACUGCUCACAUGAAAAUGGGUUUGAAAUCGUUGUUUGUAGUCUCUUAUCGGAUGAUAUUAUUGUUUGUCGUUGGUGGAUUUCUUAUGGAACCGCAGGGUGGAUUUCUUUGUUCUUGUUGUAUUUCGGCAUGAUUAGCCUACCUUUCUGAAGAGUAUAGGUUGGAAGAACUCUGCUUACAUAAGGAUUUUUGUUACUCAGUGUAAAUGGGCAUCUUUACUUAUUGUGAGCUAUCAUGCUAUUGAGAAGCCUGUAGGAUGUAUUAUCGGUCCCUCGAUAUCUAUGUAAUACAUCUCUGCGAUGUGUUUCGCCUUGCUUUGCUUGCCCGCUCUCUAUAUUCAUGAUAUUGAAGACUAUUGUUCUGGUGAAGCUCCAAGAAGGACAGACGACAAAGGAUAAGAAAGAGAAAAAGAGGAAGAGAAAGGAGAAGAUAGAUAAGGCCAAUGUAGAGCCUGUAAACUUUCAGUACCUUGGAAAGAGCCAAGAAAACAGCAAGUAUGAAGAGAAGAGCCUCUUCAAUCAGAAGGUCCGGGACAGCCAGAAGACAAGCAAGGAUGCAUUUGAACACAUGGAAAGAAGUGUCCUCACUGAAGAACAUGAGGUUCCAUGUUCCAUUCAGGACAAAUACAACUCCCCUGAGAGCUCUCAGGAUAGCAACAAGAGGAGAAAAGUUGCAUCAUCCGUAUCCAGCCACAAUAAGCAUGGAACUAUACUUCGGAUCAAGUUGUCGUCCUCGAGGCAAAGAGAUGCAGAGCUGCUUUUGUCAUCAUCAAGGCAAAGAAAUCCACAUCUGCCGUCCACACUACAAAUAGCAGGAGUAACAACAGUAGUAGCACUUAACAAAUCGGAGCAGAUAGUUCAUAAGCAUCCUGCAGCUGAUGAGCAGAUAGUUCAUAAGCAUCCUGCAGCUGAUGAGCAGCCCUGCUCCUCAGGCAGGGAUAUCGAAACUGGUCUUAACCAAGAAGCAGCUGUAACUUUGCAUAGAACUUCCGGUUCAAAAAGGAUUGGGGGAAGAACUUGGCAGAAGGAACAGUUUAGAGAUCUAAUAGUGAACUGGAAUCCACCGUCAUUGCAGCUGGAGUCUUGGGAUGCUGGUGGUGAGGACUGGUUGUGUGGGGCUCCAAAGCGACACUCUAGUCUUUAUGCAGAUGAGGGCAAAGCUACACCAGAAGUCUCCUCGGUUAGUGUAAGCUAUAUGAGUUCUUCCCAGCAGCCCCGUGCCUGUUAUCUUCCUGAGUUUGACAUGUAUCAGCUGCCAUACGAAAUCCCGUUCUGAGAUCCAGGGACAGAGAAUCUCAGAAGGUGGCAGCGUGCCAAACCUGGCAAAUGCGAGUCUGAAUCAUGUGAAAGCUCAGACUGGGACCUGUAGGGCAUGUCAAGCCUGGCAGAUGCGAGUCUGUAUCAUGGCAAUCUGAGACCGAAGGACCCUGACAUGUAGAAAAUCUCAGGAGGUACAGCAUGUCAAGCUGAGAUAAAGUGACCCGUGGAGAAUCUCAGAAGGUAGCUGCAUGUGAAGCCUUGCAAAUGCGAAUCUGUGUCAUGGCAAGAUCAGUUCGAGGGGCCUGUGGUGAAUCUCAGAAGAUAGCAACGAACGGCAUGUCAAGCCAGGCAAAUGUGUGUCCUGUAUCAUGUCAAGAUGAGAUGGAUGGACGUGCAGAUAAUGUCAAAAGGUAGCAGGACGUCAUCCCUGGCAAAAGCAAGUCUGUAUCAUGUCCAAAGCUGAGAUCGAGGGACAGCAAAAAUUUCAAAAGUUAGCAAGCAACAUGGGGAAUCUGUACCAUGACAAGCCGGAGUUUUAUUUUUUUUGACUCCAUUGAGAAUUAGAAAUUGUUUUGAUUUGUCGUCAACAUAAUUAAAAAGUAAUUUGUAAAGUAAAGUUGCCAUGUAUACGAAACUGUUCAUCAA